CCUCCGUGUAGCAGGAACAGACAGGCUGCUGAUUCACUUACUGAGAGAUACAACGUCCUAUUUUCAUGAAAAUAUGAACAUGUCGCUGUUAUAAACUGCGGAAACUCAGCGACAGCAUUUCCAGCCAGGUCACCAUGGUCCCUACAGACUUUAAAGCCCUGAUCCAGAGGUUUUAUCACCUUCAGUCUGAGCGGGUGGAGACGUAUCAGCUCUUUGAAGAAGGACAUGAGGCCUACUUGAGGACAGGGCCCCAUUAUGACUUCGACCACUACAGGCAGCUGGUCCAUGAGAUAACACAGGCCUUCUGCGGCAUCUCCAAGGAAGUGCUGGAGAUCAAGGGGAGGCUGCACCAUGAGUUUGACAGGCCAGACCUUUCUGAGCACAUCGACAAGCUGCAGAGCAAAGAGAAGCAGAAACUUGAACUGACAGCCAAGCUGCAGCUGGCCAGGCAGCGGGCCCAGGAUCACCCGGAGGACGAAGACUGUCAAGAAAAGAUUCAGGAGAUCAAGCACGAGAUCAUCAAGAACAAAGAGGCUCUGAGUGAGAUCAUGCAGGACUUCAAGUAUGACUCUGAGGAGUGUGAUUGACAGGUGGCUCCCAGGAGGCCUGUAGCCUCCCUCUCACAUCACCACCAACAGAUCCACUCUGCUCUGCUGCGACUUCCAUCUUGGACUCCUCCGCUGCACUUAUCGAUCCCCCUCCGGCCCCACCCUGCUGGCUGCUGCAGUCUCAUUCCACCCAGGGGGCUUUUCACAUUCUGGCUCUGUGUGUUUCUCUCUGUCGUCAUGUGCUUGUGUUAAUACAUGCAUCAGCAAAAAAGAAAGGAACAGAAACUCUGUUUAUAUUGUGAAGAAAUGUGUAAAUAAGGUUAAAUAUUUUUUGGAGGCUCAUCCAGCGAUCUUUGUUUACUUUCUGAAUUGUAUUUUUAAAUUAAAAAACCCACUUUCCAAGUUUUAUGUUUUACUGUUUUAUACGUUAUACACAGUAUUUGUCAGAAGGCAUUAUUGGUGCUGUAAAUUAAUAUAACUUAGACAAAAAUAUUCUUUAAAUAUGCAGUUAUAAAAAUAUAAACAUUAUGAAAAUGUCUUUACAUAGUCUACAAAGACACAGGACAGUAUAUACAUUUUACACAAAGUGAGGCCUUAUUACAAUUACUGAUACUGUGUUGUACUAAACUACAUGAAUGGUUUGAGACAACAUUUUAGAGAAAUCCCUGUUUGAUUACUGUGUUUAAAACCGCUCAUUAGUUCACUGAACUACAACAGAAACAACAGCUUAGUCGGACUGUCCAAAAAUUACUGGCCUCUAUUUUGCUAAUUGAUCAAUUUGUAGCAGAACAUUCACUGGUUCCAGUUUCUCAGUUGUGAGUGUUUGAUUCCCCUUGUUCAUAUCAUUUUAAACAAUAUUUUUGGGUUUUCCACAGCUGCUCAGACAAAAGAUCUGAAGGUGUCACCUUGGAAAUGCCCACUGACUGUUUU